AUGGGAGUUGGCAGGGACUCCUCGGGGAUUGCACAGGCUGUUAUUAAUGCACUCAAACGUGAUCAUUUAGCACCAGCUGUAGUCGCCGAUCCAAGACGUUAUUUCUUAUCUCGUGUUCAAAGUAAUCUUCAUGUUGCCAUUUGUUUACCCAGUCAUUCGGAACUAUUGGGACGAUUAUCAUCAGAUUAUCCUGGUAUUAUUAAACACAGUCAAAUAUAUUGGUUAAAAAACUGGUCUCAAGCAACUCUGCAUGCAGAAGCACAUUAUUUUCUCAAUUCAAAGGAUAUUGCAGUGCCCGAGGAAUUACGACAGCGUUUAGCUACAUGUUUUUCUGAUAUUCAUUAUCAUAUGUUGGUUGAGUCGAGACAAAUGCAAUGGGUUGGUAGUACAGAUAAAACGAUAAUAAUUAAAGAAAACGUUACUGUACCCGCUACACACGCUACUUCAACAACAAAACAAACAGAUAAAAAGUUAAAAGAAGCUCUAAUAAAAACAGUCGAUACUGAAAUACCUAAUUAUCCCUAUUCACGCACUCUUCUAUACGAACAAAUUAAAACUUUUAAUCAAUCUACAACUGAUAUAUCAUCAUUACAUGCAUUUAUCGGUCCAGAAACAUUUCUAAGAUUUAUGGAAUGUUUCUGGUAUUUGUUUACGUCAAAAGCAGCUGUUUGUGAACGAGAUAUUAUACGAUUAAAUAAAGUUCUGAGUACAUUGAAUAAAACACGUGCUGAUGCUGAACAAAUGCGCUUGUAUAUCAAAGAUUUGAAAGAUAGAAGCAAACAGUCUGAAGAGGACACAGCGCAAUUAUUAGAACAAGUUAUUCUCAAAUCGAUGAUGUUAGAAAAGUUACGAGCAAAAACAGGACAACUCGGUUCGUUAAGUGGUUAUGUGAAUAGGGAAGAAAAAGAUGAUCUUGUAUUGCCAGAAGAAGAGAGACGAUGGUUGCAAGACGAUGAAGCUGAUGAAUAUGAAGAAAAUUUUAAACGAAUGAAAGAAGAAAGUGUACGAUCACGUCAAGCCAAAAUGCAAGAAGAAUAUGAGGAAGCUCAACGUGAAGUCGAUAAAUGGAGAGACAGACUGGCAGCAAAACGAAAAGAGGUCGAGUUUUGGUCCUCGAAAGUGGAUAAAUCGUGUAUCGAACGUGUACGUGCAUUUCAAACACCACCGAUGUUAAUAGGACAAAUAAUGGAAAUGAUAUUGACAUUAGUUGGACGGAAACCAACGAAAAUAGAAUCAAGAGAAAAUGCAACAGAUAAAAGUUCAAGUCACGCACGUUCUCAACCUGAAAGACUGGAUAGAAAUCAGUGGAAACAAUAUCAAAUUAUCAUGUCUGAUUCGGGAAGAUUUGUGGAUUUAGUCCACAGUGUCGACUGGCAAGAUGGACUUCAUCCGGAUAUUGCUGCAGCUGUCGAAUCGUAUGUUGCAAAAGGAAAAGACGGUGUUAAUGAAGGCAUUACCGGUGAAGGUUCCCUAUUGGAAAAUGCUCGAGAUUUUCAUGUUCCAGCAGUACGCGGUCAAGAAAAUCGUAUUACACUGUCAGCAGCACGCUAUGCUUCGGAAGAAGCAGCUGCUUUAGUUCAUUAUGUUAUCGCAUUAAUUGAAUAUACAAAAUUGUGUAAACCAUUACGAUUAGCUAAACAAAAAGUAGAUAAAUUAAAACAAGAUAUGGUUGAAGCUGAACAAAAACAAUUGGAAAAAGAAACAGAAAUACAACGAUUAAAACAAAUGGAAGCUAGUCUACAUUCGGACGUGAAUGAAGUUGAUCAUCGUAUGGUUGACAUAUCAAAGUAUACUGUCGAUGAUUUAAAAACAUUAGAAGCAGAAUUAGAAGAUGUACAAAAUAAAUUUGAUAUGGCCGCUGUUAAUAAAAAUAAAUUGAAUAAAGAGUAUGAAAGUUGUCAGCGACGUUUAGAAGCGGCUUUUAAUGUUACACAGAGUUUAUCGGAUCUUGAAGAUCAAUGGACUAAAUGGAUUGCCGAACACUCUACACACGAACAAACAUUAACAAACUGCAUUUUAGCUGCUGCUUAUAUGACAUAUUGUUCACCAUUUAAUGCAGAUUUAAGACGUAUUCUAUGUCAAAAAUUUUUACGUUUUUGUGAACAGUACGAAAUACCAAAAGAAGCUGAACUCGUUUUUCAGCCUAUACCAAUUGAUACAAAUAAAUCAGUGGACUUAACAUCAUCCAUGGCAAUUGUUGAUAGUGGACGUCGGGAUUAUCAAACAAGCGCAACACCAACUAAUACUCGUAUUUCAACAUUAGCCGAUUUUCUAUAUAAUCCAAUUGAAUUAAAAGAAUUUCAACUAUUACGUUUAAUACCAACAGAUAUUUUAAAUGAAAAUGGAUGUAUUAUGAUGGCUGAUAAAAGUUUAAAUGCAUGGCCAUUAAUAUGUGACCCAACAUGGUAUUCUAUCGAAUGGAUAACAUUAUUUUUAAAAAAUAAACAAUUCCUCGUUGUUCGAUAUCAUGAAUUACGUACACAAUUAGAAACAGCACUGUCAGAAGGACUGCAUAUCUUGCUAACCGAUUGUGAUACAAAAACGAUCAUGUCCAAUGAAAAAUUAGAGACAAUUAUAAGAAAUAAAAAUAGAUUUGUCAAUAGUGAAAAACCAUUCAAAUUACAGCUUGGACAAAAUUUAGAAAUUGAAUGUAGUCCAAAAUUUCGUUUAUAUCUUCAUACAACAACGGAAACCGUUCGUAUUCCAAGAGAAUUAGCCGCCUAUACAUUGGCAUUAUAUUAUCAUGUAACACUAAAUGAUCUUGAAGAAAUAUUUCUUAGCCGUUUUAUGUUGAAAGAAAAACCACAUAUUGAUGCUGAACAACAUGCAUUACUUCAGGAAAAAGUUGAUACAUUAAAAAUUAUUGAUCCAUUGCGACAAAAUAUAACAAAUUUUCUUGCAUCUGAUAGUUUAAAUUUAUUACACAGUGUUGAACCAACGAAACGACUAUCAGAUUUAAAAAAAGCAUAUGAUGAAGCGAUUGAAGGAUCUCAUCGUGUUGCUACACAAGAAGAAAGUCUAUUUAAAACUCGAAAUAGUUAUCGUCGAUUAGCCCAACGUGCAAGUACUUGUUAUAAUAUUAUGCAUUAUCUUCGAUAUUUAAAUAGUGAUUAUAUAUUACCACUUGAACAAUUUAUUGAAUUAUUUGAUGCAGCCAUUUAUCAAUCGGAAAAACAUUCAAUGGGCACAGUAACAACUGAAUUAACAAAAAGUAGUUUUAUUACAAUGUGUCGAACAUUAAAUGAUAGAGAUAAACGUGUAUUUGCAAUUUAUUUUGCAAUGGAAAUUGAAUGUUUUAAUCGUCGACAACAGCAUCAAUUUUAUGAUAGUCUUGGUGAAAGAGAAUUUAUUGUUUCACCACAAUGGGCAAUUGCUUUAUUACAAAAGAAAACGGGAAAACAGCCAACAGAACAUCGAUUUUAUUCUUAUAAAAAACCAUUUGAUUGGAUGAAUGAUGAAUCAUAUCAAAAUUUACAAUAUUUGGCAAUUUAUUUUGAUUGGUUUUCAGAUGGUUUUGAACGUAUGACAAAAGAUGGACAAGAAGCAAAAUGGCGACCAUUAUGUGAAGGUGAAACAGAAAAUUAUCCAUUACCAGCACCAUUAGAACAAUUAGAACCUAUACAAAAAUUUUGUAUUGUAAGAGCAUUAAGAAGUGAUAGAAUACUUCAAGCAUCUACCGUUUAUGUGACGAAUGUAUUUAAUCAAGAUGCUAGUAAAACAAAAACUUUGCUGCAAGAACAACAAUCAUCACAAACAUCGACGACACGUGCCAGUUCCAUGCCUAUACUACCAAGUUUAAAUCAAGAUGUUGAACUUUUAUUGAAACAAUGUCUUCAACGAUCCGUUUUAUUAUUUUAUGAUGAUGAACCAGAUGAAGUGAUUAGUUUUUUUCUAUAUUGUACAAAUGUUAAUCAAGAAUCAUCAUCAAAUUUUCAAAUAUUAAAUGUUUAUGGAAACGGUUCAACGGAAGAACGUAUAUUGAAGAAAGCAUUUAAUAAAGCUAUAAAUAACAAUACUUGGUUACUUAUUCAUUGUUGUCAUAAAAAUCCACCCUUUUUACAAUUUAUUGAAAAUACCUUAUGGGAUAUGAGAAUUAAACGUACGAGUACAAAUAAUACUUUACCAAAAUGUUGGAUAAGUGUUCAACGUCAAGCACAAAUUCCAAGUUCAAUGUAUAAUCUUUGCCUGAUAACUUAUAUUCGAACACCACUAUCAAUGAAGGAAGCACUAGCAAGAGCAUUUGCUACAAUUGAUUCAGAUUUAUUACGUGCAUCAUCAAAACCAGAGUGGCCAGCUUUAUUACACAAUAUUUGUUAUGUUCAUUGUGCACUAAAUCUUCGUACACGAUUUGGACGUGCCGGUUGGGAUUUUCCUCAUUUAACACAAUUUACAAAUGUUGAAUUAACAGCGGCAUUUACAGCUGCAGCAAAAGAAUUUGCAAUUAAUGAUUCAACAAUAUCACGUUUAGAAUCAGCUCAAACUGGACAGACAAAUGUUUCAAUGGAACUUCAACGGCAAACAUCAUGGUCAGCAAUUAAAUAUACACUAUCAGAUUUAAUAUACGGUUCAAAAGUCUUAUCUGUAUAUGAUCAACGAGCUGUAACAAAUAUUAUUGAUUUUUGGAUACAACCGGCUAGUGUAAAAAAAGAUUUUGAAUUUUCAAAAAUAAAAUAUAAAAUACCAAAUGUUUUUUUUAAUAAUCAACCAAAACUUAUUCAAUUACAACAAGCAUUAGAACAAUUAUCGACACAUCAAUUUGAUGUACCAGAAGCAUGUCAUUUACAUUCGACAGCUGAAACAAAUCUAGGUGAUGAUACAUUUAUAAUCAAUCGUCUCAAUCGCAUACUUGACGCUCUUCCAUCAUCUGUAUCGCUUAGUGCAGCAAUUUAUCAACGACCCAUGACACCAAUGGAAGAUGUGAAUGUGUCCAUCAUGUCUUCACCAUCAUCAUCCUUAAAUGCUGGCGCAGCAGCCUUAUUUUCAUUCUCUAAUCGAAAAAUAAAUUUGUUAGAAGACUACUGUUCAAAUGCACUUUCAACAAAACUACCAAAAGUACUUUCAAAGGAACAAAUUAUUGAUCGUGCAAAGCGUAAUGGUGGCGCAUUAAAUAGUCCAUUUAAUACGUGGAUCAUACAAGAAGCUCAAACAAUGUUAGAAUUAGUCACAUUAAUUCGUAAUCAUCUACAAACAAUAAAAAGUAUUUGUGAAUUAAAUCAAUUUGGUUAUCAAUGGACAAAUGAAUUAGAUAGUGUUGCACAUUCAAUAUAUUUUCAACUUAUUCCAUUGUCAUGGUUAGAAAAAAUGGGUCCAUCAGCUCCACCAUCAACAUGGGGUCUAAGUAAUUUUUUUAACGAUUUAGCUAUACGAAAUGAACAUAUUGAACGUGUUCUUAAUAAAGGUCGUGAAAAACAUCCAGCCUAUAAUUUAUCGGCAUUUUUUUCUGCAUCAGCCAUAUUUGGUAUUUAUAAACAAGAAGUAGCUCAUCAACAUAAUUUAUCGGAUGAUGCUGUUAGUGGUUCUCUUAUUUUUCAAUCAGAGUUUACACCCAGAGAUCGAGAACAUAUUCGAGAACCACCAAAAGAUGGUUUGUUCAUUUUUGGACUAUAUUUAUGGGGUUGUAAUUGUGAUAAAAAUGCCGUUGAACAUGGUAUACUAGAUGUGCCAACAAAAAGUAAAGAUGCUUGUAGCCCACUACCAGUUAUUCAUUUAACAUGUAUAACGGCUGAUAAAGCACAACAAAUCGUUGAUAACAAUAAUAAUAGAAAUACAACAUUAGAUGUUUAUUCAUGUCCUGUUUAUUAUAAACGAACAGAAAGACAUGAGCCGAUGUGCGAAUUGGAUAUAUGGAAGAAAACAAAUAAUUUAGGACAAAGUUCUCGUGUUGAAGAGAAACCUUUCAAAGAGAAGCGUGAACGUCAUCCUCCUCAUUUACGUGGUCGUGCAGUUGGUAUGUGGUAUGCGAGAAGAGCACAAGCUCAGCAAUCAGCAGAUGCCACUGAUUUAACAUCGAAAGCCACUACUUCACGUAAAAAAGAACGUCAUCAACCAUUAACCGCUGUUGAGCUGAAUGAAAGUGAACUUUUGCGAAUGAAUCAGACAAGUAAAUUAUUUGCUCAUGAACAGGUAGCCAUUGAUGAGAAUGAUGUUGCUGAAGAAGAUGAAGACUUAAAAGAACAUGCGAUUAAAUUUGAUGAGCUACAUCAAUCAUUUGAUUAUUUUAAACAAUUACAAUCACAGCCAUCGAUCAAUGAUCAGCUGUUAAAUGAUUUGAGUUCAAAGCAUGUAACAUCUCGAACGUAUAAACAUCUAUUAGCAAAACGAAUCAAAUUACCUGUAUAUUUAUAUCGUCAACAAAUACUUGAUACAUUAAAGAAAAAUCAAAUUUUUGUUCUUGUGGGAGAGACAGGAUCUGGAAAGACUACACAAAUUGCUCAAUAUAUACUUGAUAAUGAGAUAAUGAAUAAAAAUGGAAGUCAAUGUCGUAUUAUUUGUUCACAACCACGGCGUAUCUCUGCUACGUCGGUUUGUGAACGAGUUGCCAAUGAACGCGGUGAUGACCGUAUAGGAGAUAGUGUUGGUUAUCAUAUUCGAUUAUCAGCACAAUUUCCAAGAGAAAAUGGUUCCAUAUUAUUUUGCACCACUGGAAUGUUAUUAAAAUAUAUUGAAAAAUAUGCAGCAUUUGAACAUUUUUCACAUAUUAUUUUGGAUGAAAUACAUGAAAGAGAUAUACAAAUGGAUUUUUUACUAAUAUUUAUCAAACGUUUAGUUAAAAUUAGACAAGAUUUAAAAGUUGUGUUGAUGAGUGCAUCAAUACAAGCAGAAAAAUUUAGUUCAUAUUUCGAUGAUUGUCCAAUUAUCACGGUUCCCGGUGCUUUAUAUCCAAUUGAUGAAUAUUACUUAGAAGAUUAUAUUCUUGAUUUAAAUUAUCAAUUAAAAUUUAAUAGUAUUGGACGAAGACAAAAUCAACAACAGAUCACAUUUCAUAAUUACAUGCAAGAGUUAGCUACAGAUUUAUCCGAAAAGAAGUAUUCAAAUCAUGUUUUUCGUGCUAUACAAAAUAUGGGUGGUGAUAUGAGCGAAAACAUUAAUCAUGAACUUGUUGUGGCUGUUAUCUUGCAUAUAUGUGAAAAAUCACGAGAUGGUACUAUAUUGGUGUUUUUGCCUGGUUGGCAAGAUAUUGUUAAAACAAGUCAGUUAUUACGUCAGACAAAAUUUCUAGUCAAUCAGAUCAAAGUACUACCAUUACAUUCGAUGAUACCGCUUGCUCAACAGCAUGAAAUAUUUUCUCCGGCUGAGUAUGGUAAACGAAAAGUUAUAUUAGCAACAUCUAUCGCUGAAACAUCGAUUACAAUUGAUGAUGUUGUCUAUGUCGUUGAUACGGGUCGAACAAAACAAGGCGGCUAUGAUAUCGGCACAGGUGGAAAAUCUCUCUUGCCUACGUGGAUAUCAAGAGCUAAUUUAUUACAACGAAAAGGACGUGCCGGUCGGACUCAACCUGGCAUUUGUUUUCGUUUAUUUACACGCUUACUUGAGAAGACAUUAUUUUUAGAUUUUCCACAACCUGAAAUGACCACCACCAGUUUACAUAGUGUUUAUUUACAGGCAAAAUUAUUAAAAAUAAAUAGUGUACAAGAAUUUCUAAAUGAAGCUCUCGAUCCUCCAACUAUUGAAGCCAUCAAUCACUCUGAAUCAUUUCUUCGUUCAAUCGAUGCAUUAACACAAACAACAAAUGAAUUAACACCAAUUGGACGUUUACUUUCACAUUUGCCACUUGAUCCACAAAUUGGAAAACUAUUAGUAUUGGGCCAUAUUUUCUCUUGUUUUGAACCUAUAUUAACUAUCGCAUCCGUAUUAUCUUAUCGUGAUCCAUUCACCUGUCCAAUGGAACGAAUUCAAGAAUUGAAUGUUAUACGUGAACGAUUUUCAUCACAUAAUCAAUCGGAUCAUUUAAUGUUAAUAAGAGUUUAUGAUGAAUGGAAAGAUCAGAUAAGUCAUCGGGAUAAAGUAGAAUUUUGUUCAAGAAAUUUUUUAAAUUUAAAUCAUAUGUAUAUGAUUGAUAAGAUGCGUAAACAAUUAAAAUAUUUGAUUAGUAUAUUUUUUACUACAACACAUACAACAAAUAAAAAUAGUGAAAAUUAUGAUUUAAUUCGUUCGAUAUUAUGUGCUGGACUCUAUCCAAAUAUAGCACGUAUACAUUUAUCAUAUAAAAAUUCAUCUAAACGACCAAUAAUUCUUGAAACAAAAUUUGAUCAUAGAGUAUUAUUACAUCCACGUUCAGUCAAUUCAAAAUUGCGUGACAAUGAUAUACGAACAUCUAAAACACCCUCAAUUUAUGUCAUUUAUCAUGAAAAAGUUCGAACAAAUGCUACAUAUAUUCAUGACGCAUCUCUUAUCUCACCGUAUGCCCUAUUAUUCUUUGGAAAAUCAAUUCAAACGAAAGAUGGAGUACUUAUUGAUGAUUGGAUUAAUAUAAAUAUUAAUCAUAAAUCAUUUAAAAUUGUCGAUGAAUUAAAAAUAAAAUUUGACUAUUUAUUAGAACAGAAGGCGAGUAAGAAAAGUAUUCAGUUAGACUAUGAACAUCAACUAAUAGACACAAUUAUUCAAAUUAUCACAAAACAAGAUAGAAAUAUUGGCAUUGUUGAACAAAAAGAAUAA